AUGUAUAUCAUGGCAAAGAAAGCAAAGCUUUGUGGUUCAUUAUUUGCCUUUUUGUUUCUAUUUUCUUUGGGGUACAUAGCCCAUGCCGAUGAUCCAGUGACAAUUUUCAUAUUAGGAGACUCAACUGUGGAUGUCGGCACGAACAAUUGGUUACCAGAAAGUUACUGCAGGGCUGAUUUCUCUCCCAAUGGGGUUGAUUUGCCUUAUUCUGUACCUACUGGGAGGUUCAGCAACGGCCUUAACAGCGCUGACCAAAUCGCGAGACUAUUUGGCUACCAGAGAAGUCCGCCACCUUUCUUGUAUAUGGUCAAUCAUCCAGCCACUUUUAAAAGGGAUAUACUGCGGGGGGUGAACUUUGCUUCAGCUGGAGCCGGCAUAUUCUACGAAACUGGCCAAAAACGAUUUAUCAAGGUUGUGCCACUGAGCGACCAGAUUCAACAAUUUGCGACGGUCAAAGGGAAUUUGACAGAGAUGAUAGGUCCCGUUGCAACUGCUAAUGUGCUUGCUAAGUCUUUGUUCAUCGUUAGUAUUGGAAGCAACGACCUUUUUGAGCAUGUUCCUCCAAAUUCCUCCACCUUAGUUGAUCAUAACGACGACUUAUACAUCACAAGUCUUCAGUUCACGUACCAUGGUCAUUUAGAGAAUUUAUACAUGCUAGGAGCUCGGAAAUUUGGGAUUAUAAGUAUUCCUCCAAUUGGAUGCUGUCCUAAUUUACGUGCUUCAUCAAAGAAGUCGGGUGAUUGUAGAGAAGAUCUAAACAAGCUCGCUCAAUCCUUUUUCAUUUCACUUAAGGAUCUUCUGCGAAACAUGAGUUCAAAAUUGGAAGGGAUGAAAUACUCACUUGGGAAUGCUUAUGUAAUGACCAUGAGUAUCCUUGAAGACCCAUUAGCCUUCGGCUUCAAGGACGUCCAAUCAGCCUGCUGUGGAUCAGGAAAGUUCAAUGGAGAAUUGCCAUGCUUUUUUCUCAUUGGCCCCAACCUUUGUGCGAAUCGGCGCGAGUACUUGUUCUGGGACAGUUAUCAUCCCACUGAAUAUGCUUCGGAAUUGGCAGCACUUACCCUCUAUGGUGGAGGAACAAGAUUUGUCACACCCAUGAAUUUCAGUCGGUUGGUGGCUACUCAUGUUAACAUCACUUCCUAA